GCAGCCGCGAGGGAAAGUGUUGUUGUAGUCGAGACGGUGUUGUUGGCGAGCCAUUACCCAGCAGAAGGCAGUGUGUCUGCGGCCAGAAUGGCGGUGGCACUUACAAGUCUCGCGUUGGCGACGCUGUGGACCUUAGCGGCGGGGGCUGUUCCUCCCGCCGCCCCGCCCGCCGCCGCUGCCGCCGUCUUGCCCAGCAAUGCUGUCACGACGUCGCAUCCGCUCUUGGCCUUGAAGGAGAGCACCUUCAUCAACGCCAGCGAGAGUGCGUCUGUCGCGGGCGGCUGGACGUGCCCCCACGUAGGCGGCGUGCUGGGCAUCUCGUGCACCUGCGACGUGCCCCACACGGUGCGGUGCCGCGGCCAGGCGGACCGACCGCAGGACCUGACGCUGCUCACUCAGACCCUGAACGCGGAGGGCAGCAUCUCCCUGCUGGACAUGGCCAUCCAUGGCCUGGGGGAGAUCCCGGGGGGCGGCUUCGCGCACAUGGAGCUCCUGGGGCUCGUCAUAACCACGGCGGGACUCGAGACGCUGCCCGCCGAUGCCUUCGCCGGCAUAGAAUCAACUCUGGCCGCCCUGGGCCUGCCGAAUAACAAGCUCACCGCCAUCCCCAUCGACGCGCUGAAGAUCCUGAAGCACCUGCAGCGCCUGGACUUGAGCGACAACAACAUCCAGGAGCUCCCCCCUCACGCCUUCCCGACUCUCCUCCAGCUGCAGAAUCUGAAUCUGGCCGGCAAUGGCCUGCACCUGCUUCACCCGGAGGCGUUCGUGCGCCUGCCACAUCUCGUUUCGCUCGACCUCGCCCGAAACCAGCUGGAUGCCGCACAACUCAACGAGAAGACGCUGCGAGGGUUGCACGCCCUGCAGCGCCUCUCGGUGCAGUCGAACCUCUUGAAAGGCGCUGUAACGUCCUCCCUCAUCACGGGAGCUAAGGGCCUCACCUCCCUUGACCUGUCCGAUAAUGAACUGACAGCUGUCUCCAGAGGUGCUCUUGGCAACUGCCCCAGCCUGCAGGACCUCGACCUGUCUCACAACAAGAUCGACGUGAUUGAAGACCACGCUUUCGCCAACUUGAGCCAACUGCACCACCUCAAGUUGUCUCAUAACCGGGUCGUGGCCGUGUCGGGCUGGUCUCUCGCCCACCUCCCUCGCCUGACGCACCUCGCCCUCGCUGACAACGCCCUUCGUGCUGUCACUGCCGACUUGGUGCACCAGCUGCCGUCCCUCGUGUCCCUGGAUUUGGCGGCUAAUGACAUUUCGCUCGUGCAGCCCCACGUGUUCAGCUCGACGCCAGCACUGCAGCAUCUUGUUCUUUCUGAUAACCCCCUUCACUGUGAUUGCACAAUUGAAUGGUUCGUCGAGUGGUUAAUCGGCCACACACCAGAGCAGAAGAAUGCAGUUUGUGCUACUCCGCCAGCCCUAGAAAAUGCUCCUCUGAUCGAACUAAAGAAAUCUCAGCUAGUUUGCUCAGACGAAAACGCCUAUCAUGAUUACUACCAUGACUAUUAUCACGACUAUUACCAUGAUGAGGGGACGGCCGAAGAUACACCUGACAUGCGGCUGUCGGAUGCAGAGAUCAGCUUGCAGGUGGCACACUGGAUAUCUAAGAAAAGUGAAGAAUUACGAUUUGCUGAUGCCGAGGUGCUAAGUGAUAACCAGCCUAGUGUCGAGCUCAUAUGGAGGGUCGAUGAGCGUGCGAUCCCGUACUCUUGCGAAGCCGUCUAUGUGUACGAGGUGGUGAAAGGAGUGUCCGAUUCUCACCAGGUGUUGGCGGAAAAGGUUUCGGCAAACUGCAGCUCUGACAGGACCAGCGACCCUCACCGUGUGGCCGUAACAAUUCCUGGAGAAGCACUCGUACCGGGCGCCACCUACAGGUACUGCCUCAUGUUGCUCGAAAGGGGAACAGGUGACCAAGAGGCCUUUUUGCCAGGCUGCUCGGAGCCCCUUCUCUUGGCCGCGCCUCCAUUUGGCCGCACGGAAAAUGACAUGUCAGUGACUCCGCAAAUUACAAGUCUAACUGCCGGGGGAGUUGCUGGCAAAUUGGUAGUACAUACGCGCGUCGACGGAAUCAUAGCACCUUGUACUUACACACUCGCCAUUAUCUCAGGGCACAGAGUUGCAGCAACGAGACAACUCAACUGUUCAGAGGCGAGACACGAAUUCCCGACGUUGGUGCCUGGAAAAUACAUUGCGUGUGCCGAUCCGGAUAUUCCUAGCAUAACUCACAACCUCAAUCACUUGGAACACUAUCUCAGCACGGUUUCAAACGUGACCAUAGCCCUCCACCAUGCUUUCUCCAUCUGCACUCCCACCAUAAUCGUCGAGCCGUACAAGGAGCAGGUCGUCGGAGGCGAGCCGCUGCUUAUACUGCUCUUUACGUUGCCAGGACUCGCCCUUGUGGUCACACUCUACGUCAUUGCCAGGAGAGUGUGGCGAGGGGGCGGAGUCCCCUGGCGCUGGGACCCCCGUGCACAAAAGUCUGGUAAAUACUUCCUCUACACCGGGGAGGUUGCCACGCCCUCACUAAGCCUGGACCCUCUCCCUGCUGACCCUCCCGAGUCCACUACUCCAGUGUAGCCUUCAUCUUCAUCACUCCUGCAUUCUUGUGAAAUAUUCCCAUGUCCCAAUCUACAUAAUUUAUUUCUAGUCCUAUAAUAGUCAAACCCAUUCUGCUGAGUAACUGGUUGCACAUUACCUGCCAGGGUACUUGUCCUUGUAGUAGUAUGGCAGCAGCCGAAGUGCCAUGCAAAAUUUAUUUGGGAAUGUGAUGUGAUGUGGAUGUAGGAUGUACAUAGUGACAUGACAUUCGAGCAUUUUUCACCAGUGUGCUGUUUGAAUGAUAGAAAAAUAGCUUUACAUGACAAUUCUAUGAAAAAAUAAUGUCUGGUCAGUGAAAAUACAGCAGUAACAUAAGUGCCAUACAAUACCUGGCAUAGUUAUGGAGAAAAAAAUGGAAGUUAAAUGCAAACUAGUGUCCAACUACUGUAUUAUAUCUUAAAGAGUAAUAGCUAAGUGUUUACUAUAGAAACUUAAACAAAGGAUUUUCUGGAUUAUGAAUAUGACACCAAGUAUAUUUUUUUUAGCUUUAGCACUGGUUUUUAGCUUUAAAAUGUCAGUGUAUUAACGGUUUGAUCAUCCAUCACAGAAUGUUUUAUGAUAUUAAUUUCAAUACACAGUGUACUUACAAUAUUAACAAAUCAUUACUAACUCCAGUGUAUACUUUUAUGUACAUGUGUGGAAAAUACCUCUGUUUGUAAUUAAGUAUGCAACAAUAUAUAUGAACAGAAACAAACACCCUGUGCAUACACAUUCAGUUACACACACAAGCACAUACAUCCACAUUACUUCAUAGUCCACCAAACAAAACAAAAUUAUCAAAUAUCAAAAACUUCUGUGUCACUAUUCAGUUACACAGUAGACUAUGAGCAGAAAUGAUGGAAAAAAUAAGCCAAGAGUACCAGAUUUGUAUUGUUGAUGUAAAUAAACAUUUUUCAUAUCAACAGACAUAUCACAAGAAAAAUAAUUUUGUCACUAGGCUUCCUUAUGUAUGAUCUCAUGUUCUUGUAACUAUACAAAGAGUGCACAUUAUGCAGUAGUAAAUAGAACCUUGUACAUGUACUUUUGUAUCUGAACGAAACCUUCAAAUGUUCACAAUUAUCAGGUGUUGCAAUUGUGUGAUGUGAAGUAUGUUUCAGUUGUGAUUUCCUUCACACUUCAUUCAUAUCUUUUAUUGUUAGAAUUUUGAAUGAAGUGAUGGGUAAUUUUUUUUUUUUUUAAUGUACAUUUGUGCUGAAAUCAUUUUUUCAACCUUUUUUGUUUUAUAUAUCAUUAUUUUAAGAUAUUGAAAAAAAAAUAAUAAUAACCGCAGGCUAUGAAUCUGUAGCAGAGUUUGUACGGACAAGCUUUGAUAUCUUCAUGGACUGCAAGGGUUUCUAAUAAUUGGUAAAAUUGAUUGAGUUGAGGCAAAUUGAGUAGCUUUAACCUUUUCUCUCUCUAUGACAUCAUUGUUUUAUGUCAUAGAUUUCAAUGCUCAUUUUAAUUAUUAUUGUGAAAAAGAUACACUUUUAGUAUUUGAAUUGUUAUAAUUUCUGGUUUCUUGACACAUGAAUUACUUGUUGCUAAUUGUACCAAGGUUUUUAGAUUGACUGAGCAUAUAUAUAUAUUUUUUUUUUUCUUUUUCUUUUUUUACUGAGUUUUUAACUAAGCUUUAACAUAUAUUUUCCUCCUAUCCUGUAUAUAAUCAUGAAACAUUGAUCAUUAUAUAUGCAUUUCAAUAUUUUUAAGCACUAUUAUAGUGGUAAUAUAUAGCUUUAUUUUCAUCCUAUAAUACAGAGCUUUGUAAAUACAUGCUUUUAAUAUUAGUUUCAUAUGCAGUACUUAUUGAAUUAUAUUUAAUGUCUUCAUCAACACAAAAUUAUUAUUAUUACUUUUUUUGUUUUUUUCCACGUUUUGUUUUGCCUCACAUUUCAUAUAUAUUCAUGUACUUGUUAUCAAAAGAAUAUUAUAUGAAAGGAAGGAGCAGCCAAAGAAAUGAACUUUUAAUAGGUAGUUAAGAAAAGAAAUGUGGAAAUAAAAGUUAAAACUAAAAAGAAAAAUAGUUUUGUAAGAAAUUUUCUUCAGUAGGUCAGAUGUAUACCUUUCCUGUGUAAUUCCUCUCAGAUUCCCUUGUGUAUUGAAUAUAUAUAUAGUUUAUAAAUAUGGAAAUUUGAAUUAUCAUCAACCAGUUAAACUACCUGAAACUAUAUGUUAUUCUUAAGUCUAAUGCACUCAGUUUAUUUACAAUUAAAGGUUUUAAGCCAAUAAUCAUUUUAAAAUCUUUGCUGCAUCUGUAAGUAAUUAUAUUUAUAAAAUCAAAGGAUAUCUUUGCAGCAUUUAUAGUAAUGGCAAGUUCUAACUGCUGUUUGCCUAUGAUCCCAAAAUACAUGCUAAAAAGUCAUUUGAGUAGUCACUUGAUUGUGCCAUAUAUUGUAUUGUGUAUAUAUGUUAAUUAUAUGAUUGUAAAUAGUGUGCAUAUUUUUUUUAACAUGAAUAAAGCCUUUGUUAAUAGA